GCGUUCGACACGAACCUGGGCUUUUCUUGUUCUCUGAUGUGCGUGGUGCAGUCUGCGUGGUUUACCUAUUUCAUUCAGGCCACCAUUCUCGUGAACUUGAUCAUCCUGGGUGUGGAGGUUGAUACCGCUGCACGGCUUGCGCCUGGAGACGAACCUCAGGGCUUUUGGGUGGCCAAUGUUGUCAUCGUACUUAUCUUUGUGCUGGAAUUGCUCAUGAAGCUUUUAGCGCAUGGGGCACGCCAGUUUUUCUGUGGCUCUGAGCGGUGGUGGAAUCUCUUUGACAUGCUGAUUGUGGGCUUGUCACUGAUGGAGACUCUCAUCGAGAUCAUGGCCUCGAUGAUGGCG